AUGAGUCGGACACCAAAUAAUGUAGCAGGUCCAUCUGGGAAUGAGACAUCCGGUACUGCUUUGAACUCAUCUACUGGCGGCGGAGGUGGUGGUACUGCAACAUUAUCAUCUUCAUCGUCAACAGUUACUACAACGACAACACUAUCACCAUCAACUGUAUCACUGCGGCUUACCCUCAAAUCAAAGAAGAAGAAGAGAGUACAAUGGACAGAUGGAACAGUUGACAAUGAGAACCUGGCAAAGAAGAAGUCAAAGAAGUGUUGUAUAUUCCACAAGAAGAAAGCAUUCGAUGAGAGUAGUGAUGAGAGUGGCAGUGACAAUGAACAUGACGAUGAAGACCAUGACGACUGUGCUUGUGAACAUCAUGAUACACAACAAGGUGCAGCUGCACCUCUACUUAAUUGA